CUGGCGGCUGGCGGCUGGCGGCUGGCGGCUGCGGCGGUGAAACUGCGGACUGGGGGCGGGCGCGGGGCUCUGGGUAAGCGAAGCGCCGCGCAGUGCUGAGCCCGCCGCCCGUCGGGGAGCCAUGGAAAUCGGCACCGAGAUCAGCCGCAAGAUCCGGAGUGCCAUUAAGGGGAAAUUACAAGAAUUAGGAGCUUACGUUGAUGAAGAACUUCCUGAUUACAUUAUGGUGAUGGUGGCCAACAAGAAAAGUCAGGACCAAAUGACAGAGGACCUGUCCCUAUUUCUAGGGAACAACACAAUUCGAUUCACCGUAUGGCUUCAUGGUGUGUUAGAUAAACUUCGCUCUGUGACAACUGACCCUUCCAGUCUUAAGUCUUCUGAUACUAACAUCUUUGACAAUAAUGUGUCUUCAAACAAGAGCUGCUUCAGUCGGGGAGACGAGAGAAGGCACGAAGCUGCAGUGCCACCUCUUGCAGUUGCUAGCAGUAGACCUGAAAAAAGAGAUUCCAGGGUUUCUACUAGUUCACAAGAGCAGAAAACCACUACUGUCAGACAGACUUAUGAUGAUGGAGCUGCAACCCGAUUAAUGUCCACUGUGAAGCCUCUGAGGGAGCCAGCACCCUCUGAAGAUGUGAUUGAUAUUAAACCAGAACCAGAUGAUCUCAUUGAUGAAGACCUCAAUUUUGUGCAGGAGAAUCCCUUAUCUCAAAAAAAACCUACAGUGACACUUACAUAUGGUUCUUCUCGCCCUUCUAUUGAAAUUUAUCGACCACCUGCAAGUCGAAAUGCAGAUAGUGGUGCUCAUUUAAACAGGUUGCAAUUUCAGCAGCAGCAAAACAGUAUUCAUGCUGCCAAGCAAUCUGAUAUACAGAACAGCCGGGUAUAUGAAACUGGACGUUUGUGUGAACCGGAAGUGCUUAACAGUUUAGAAGAGACUUACAGUCCCUUUUUCAGAAACAACUCAGAAAAAAUGAGUAUUGAGGAAGAAAACUUUCGGAAGAGAAAGUUGCCUGUGGUAAGUUCAGUUGUUAAAGUAAAAAAAUUCAAUCAUGAUGGAGAAGAGGAGGAGGAAGAUGAUGAUUGUGGGUCUCGUACAGGAAGCAUCUCCAGCAGUGUGUCAGUGCCAGCAAAGCCUGAAAGGAGACCUUCACUUCCACCUUCUAAACAAGCUAACAAGAACCUAAUUUUGAAGGCUAUAUCUGAAGCUCAAGAAUCUGUAACAAAAACAACUAACUAUUCUACAGUCUCACAGAAACAGACACUUCCAGUUGCUCCCAGAACUCGAACUUCUCAAGAAGAAUUGCUGGCAGAAAUGGUCCAGGGCCAAAGCAGGACCCCCAGAAUAAGUACCCCCAUUAAAGAAGAGGAAACAAAGGGAGAUAAUAUAGAAAAGAGCCAAGGAACUCAACAGAGGCAGUUGUUAUCCCGACUGCAAAUUGACCCAGUAAUGGCAGAAACUCUACAGAUCAGUCAAGAUUACUAUGACAUGGAAUCCAUGGUCCAUGCAGACACAAGAUCAUUUAUUCUGAAGAAGCCAAAGCUGUCUGAGGAAAUAGUAGUGGCACCAAACCAAGAGUCGGGGAUGAAGACUGCAGAUACCCUUCGGGUACUUUCAGGACACCUUAUGCAGACACGAGAUCUUGUACAACCAGAUAAACCUGCAAGUCCCAAGUUUAUAGUGACGCUGGAUGGUGUCCCCAGCCCCCCAGGAUACAUGUCAGAUCAAGAGGAGGACAUGUGCUUUGAAGGAGUGAAACCUGUAAACCAAACUGCAGCCUCAAACAAGGGACUCAGAGGUCUCCUCCACCCACAGCACUUGCACUUGACGAGCAGGCAGCUCGAUGACCCAGAUGGUAGCUUUCCAAAUGCUGAAAUGAGUGAACUGAGUGUGGUCCAGAAACCCGAAAAACUUCUGGAGCGUUGCAAGUACUGGCCUGCCUGUAAAAAUGGGGAUGAGUGUGCUUACCAUCAUCCUGUUUCACCGUGCAAAGCCUUCCCCAAUUGUAAAUUUGCUGAAAAAUGUUUAUUUGUUCAUCCAAAUUGUAAAUAUGAUGCAAAAUGUACUAAGCCAGAUUGUCCCUUCACUCAUAUGAGUAGAAGAAUUCCAGUACUGCCUCCAAAACCAGCAGUUGCAACACCAGCAUCACCUUCUAGUAGUCAACUGUGCCGUUAUUUCCCUGCUUGUAAGAAAAUGGAAUGUCCCUUCUAUCAUCCAAAACACUGCAGGUUUAACACUCAGUGUACAAGACCCGACUGCACGUUUUAUCAUCCCACCAUUACUGUGCCACCACGACAUGCCUUGAAAUGGAUUCGACCUCAAACCAGUGAAUGACUGUCCUGCUUGGCAGAAGACUGGAAUUUCCAUCUACUGGUGAAAAUAUUCUGCAAAACUUGUCAAACCUUUGAAACUUGGAAUAUAUUGCUUUCAUAAUAUGAAGUUUAUUGCCUA